AUCGUCAAUCCACAGGCCAGGACCGGGGCAUGGAGACGGGCGCAGACCUCGCGGCCGUCUCGCCCUGGCGGGCCGGCUAUUGGUCCAGUUGGCUCUCCAUCCCCGAGGAGGAGCCCUACCGGGAGCUUGAGGCGCAGGCCGGCGCCUCGAGCGGCGCGGACGCCUCUGCCGCUGGCGGCGACGCGCCCGCUGUGGACUGGCGGGAGGGACGGGAUGCCGCCGCGCCGAGGGAGGAGGUGCCGCCCGCUCCGAGCGUGGACCGUCCGGGCCUGCUUCAAUGGCGUCCGCGCGCCCGGCACGUGUUCAUUGGGUCGUUCAUCUGCUUAGCCCUGGUCACCAUCGCCUUUCGGAUGACGGCGCAGCAGCUCGUCAACGCGUCCGAGAUCACAAUCGAGCGAUUCGCGCUGACGCGGCCGAUGGGCGACGGCGCAGAGGCGUCGAUCGACGCAAAGCUGGUCCUGCCACGGAUCGGCUUCGGCGCGGCGCUGCGGGGCACCGAGCUGGUGCUAAACUAUCGGGAUCGGCCGUGCGGCCGCCUCACCGCGAGAGAGCCGAUCCUGCUCGGCGACGGCGGCGAGGCUCGCUUCCAGCUGCACGGCGCGCUGUCGGUGACCGAGUUUGGCGUCUUCAAGCAGCUCGCGGGGGAGCUGCUCGUCGCGCCCAACCUCACCCUCGGCUUGCGCGGCGGCCUCACGCUAGGGGUGCCCCCCCUUCCGCUGCCGGUCGGCGCCGUGCUCGAGCGGGAGGUCGCGAUGAAGGGAGCGUCGGGGCUGGACGUGCGGAUCGUGCACUUCUCGUUCCGCGACGGGCAGCCGCGCGAGUUCCCGGGCCGGCCCAGCCCGCUGCCACUCGUCCUCGAGAUACACGUCGAAGUCAACAACCCCUCCUCGUUUGACUUUUCGCCGCUCGGCCAGCUGCAGCUCGGCAUCGCGUCGGCCUCGGGCCUGCGGUUUGCGAUGGUUCGGACGGACAGCAACGUCGACCUGCCGCCGGGUAUGUCCAACCUGUCGCUCAGCGGCGAGCUCGCAGUCGCCGACGAGGACCUGGAGAGGUUCGGCCCGCUGCUCGGCGACUACAUCCAGGGCCAGGAGAUCCCGCUGCAGAGCAUCUUCCUCUCGAGCACCGAGCCGCUCUACCACAAGGCACUCGGUGGCAUCCCGAUCACUGCCGCUUUGCCGGGGCUGCUCACCAACAACCAGCCGGCCCGCAUCUUCGAGCGCGUCAAGCUGGACAUCAACGCGUUCGAGGACGCCUACUCGCUCGCGCGCCGCCGCGACCUGCACGACUACUGCUACAUCGAGGGCGCCAAUGUCGCUCGACGCCUCCCUCACCUUC